AUGCGGGGAUUAUGGCUGUUGGGCGAUAAAACCGGACAAUUCGAUCGCUUUUCGCACUGGAGUGACAUUCAGCUCCCUCAGGGAACAAGUUGGCUUGAUGUUGAUGGCAAUUUCGUGCAACUCGAGGCUGGCUACCAAGGCAGGGUGUAUGCUGUAACUUCGGAAAAUAUGCUCUAUUACAGAUUUGGUAUAUGUGCCCUUCACCCGACUGGUUCAACAUGGAAACAGGUCGAAGGUCUGCAG